AUGACAAGAAAGAUGCCAUUUUUAAGCAGAAAGAAGAAAGGCGAAGCUUCAGGAAAUAGUUUGAAGAACUCUGAAUCCAAGCGAACAAUGCCUCUCUUUCGUCGCCAGAGUGAAAAAUGUAGAAAUCGGAUGCAGGAUCAGGAGUUGCUGGCUCAGCAAGAUCCAGAACCCAGAUUUGACAUGUCUUCCUGUGAAUUGACAGAGGUUCCAUCAGGAGUAUAUGCUAUUUGCAAAGUGCUUCAGAAACAGGUUCUUCUCCUUCAUGAUAACUGGCUGCAUGGGUUAUCUGGAGGUGGCGACCUCAUUGACUUGAAGUUGAUCAGGGUAUUAGACCUCCACAACAAUGAACUCAAGUCACUGCCUGAGGACUUUGGAUGCCUGCUUCAUCUUCAGGUUUUGGAUUUAUCCAGCAAUUAUCUCAAAACACUGCCUAAAGCAUUUGAAGACCUGCAAUCUUUACAGACAUUGAACAUUAGAAAUAACAAGUUCAAAUUCUUCCCAGAGCCCAUACUGAAACUUAGACGUUUACGGACACUGGACAUCUCUCUCAAUGAUAUCAUUCAGUUGCCUGUUAACCUGUGUUGUGUCAGGGCCCUGGAGACGUUGAUAUUUGAUAUUGAAAAAAUGAAAUAUCCAUCUCAAGAAACAUGCAAGAAAAGUACAGCUGCAAUCAUGAUGUUCCUUUGUAGUGAAGCAGGGAUUGAAUAUGAGCAUCCUUCCAAGUACUGGCUGAAGACUCAAACUUCCAACAAAACUCUGACUUCAUCGUUCAGUGAUGGCAUGUUGAACAUUGCCCAGAUGGAGUCUCAGAUGAUGCAAGGUGUUGCAGCUUACCAAAGUGUACUUGAUCAGAAGAGGAAGGAUGCGCAGGAACUGGAGAGACUUUUGUGUGCUGAGCAGGAAGCUCAAACAGAGCUGGCAACAAGAGCCGCGGAAGAACACAGAAGACUGUUGUCAUCAAUCACUCAGCAUCAGGAGCAAGACUCUAAUGACCUGGAGUACUUGAACGACAGAAAGGAAGCAGAGAGGAAUGAGUUUCUCAAGUACUUGAAAGAAAUUGAAAAUGGGGCCAGCACACUGCUAGCUGAGCUGCUAGACUACAACUUAAAGGCACAGGAGACAGAGAAGCUGAUGGAAAUUAUGGAGAGUGAAAGAAUGAAGGAGGAGAAUUGGUUCACUGUGAGAUGGGAAGAGUUGGAGAACCUUCGUAAGCAGGAAAUCUUGGACAAUAUGAAGAUGCUGCUGACUGACUUUGAUUCCAUGGAAACUAUCAGGCUGGAUAUGGAGCAGGACAAGGAUGAGAUGAGGAGGGACACCUUAGAACAAGAAAAUCUGGAUUUGGGACAGAUUGAAAGUCUGAUCAACUAUAAGCAUCUGGAACACAAGAAGAUGAUCGAAAAACUGGGUAAAGAGGAGGCUUUGCAGAAGGCAGCAUUUGAAGCUCUGCUGUACUCCCAGGACUCGGCUCAUUCACGGAUUCUCUCACAGAUCUCCCUGAUAGAAUCUGAGCUAGCACAAAUCACAGCCAUGGAGCGGUACCAGAGAGACAAACGAGUGGCUCAUGAGUUUAAUGUGAUGGAAGAGCAGAGAGUGGCCCUCUCAGCCAUGCUGUCCCAGCUACUGGAGGAGAAGGACAGGCGGCAGAUAGAAUUGAAAAAGCUACUGUUGGAGAUGGAGCUUCAGAGAGAGGAAGGACAGCAAGAUUACUGGUUGGUUCAGUACCAGCGUUUCCUUGACCGCAAACCCCAGUCACUGAUUGACAGAGAGAAUCAGCUGGAGCCAGCAGUCAAGGAUAUCCUCAUCUCCGCUGGAGCAGAAGAUUAUAUUCCUAUCUUUGCUCGGCACCGCAUCACUAUGAAAAUACUGCAGAGCUUGACUGAUCCUGACCUCCGGCAGAUGGGCGUGCAUGAAAUGGGCUUGAGGAGGUCAAUUCUCCGACUUCUUGACCAUCAGCAGUUGAAAACCAGGUCUCCCAGGGAAAAGAUUCGAGACAAGAAAGGGGAACUUGUCAUUCCAUCACACCAGGCCACUCCAACAGCCCCUCCUGAGGAACAGGUUCGAACUCCAGAACUUCCGCCUGCACUGUUAGAGAGACAGGCUUCGGUGAUAGCAAGGGGGAUGAACUCUGAAUGUGCAGUCUGCUUGGAUAUGCAGUCGAGUGUUAUCUUCCUCACCUGUGGCCACGUCUGCUGCUGUGCCACCUGUGCCCAGACGCUCCACCUGUGCCCGCUGUGUCGAGCAACCAUUUCAGCUAAAAUCAAACUCCGCUUCCCUCAGCGCAAGUUAACAUCGUGA